AUGUUUUCCAUUAUCUUGGUGCAAUUUUCCCUCUCAGUUUCUGGCCAUUCCAAUCGAAAAUACUCCUACGGAUUCACUGAUGUUGAUCAAAACAGAAAGCAUGUAGAAUUGGUUGAAAAUGUGACCACAAAAGUCAGAAUUGAUGGCGUUGAAAGCAAUAUUGAAAAAGUAACAGAUUUAGAUUACUCUCUUCAAAUUGAAAAUCACAAAAAUUUAUUAUAUACAGUUGUAAAGCAGACAAUUACAAAUAAAUGGUCAAAUGAAAAGAAGGUAGAUUUUUGCACAGCAAUGUUAUUUAAGGCAGAAGAUAAAAAAGUCAUCGCUCUAACUCUUGCAAACUUUGGCUAUUCCCUUUGGUGGGAAGAGAUAACAGAUCUUACAUUAGUUCUCCAAAAUCAUCCAUGGGUUACUGAUGUCAAUGCCCAUGACUUCGGCUCUGAUGACGUGCCUAAAUUCUUCACGAACACCGAUAAAAUUUUAGAAAAUGUAGAUGAUGAUGAUGAUCUUCCAUCAAUUUUAUGGGUUUCAUUUUCAUGGUUGAACAAAUAUAUACAACCUGGACAGUCAAUAACAUUCUCUUAUCUAUUACAUAAAGGAAAAUAUGAACCACCAUUCCUCUUCCUUGAGAAAUCUUUAAUCCCAGAAGAAACUGAUGCUACUGAAGUAAUUCAAAUCAAGGGCAAGUUCUCAUUCCUUGUUGAUGGUUGUGAUGCAGAAGCUGGCUGGAAACUUCGUACUUCCAAUGAUAAAAUUAUCAGAUAUGAUACACUUGGCAAAUUCAAAGCUUCAGAAUCAAUGAAGAGUAAGGACUUCGAUGUAUCCAUCACACCACCAACAGGACUUGGAAAGUACACAUUAUAUGUUUAUACAUAUAAUCCUGAUCUUGAAUCAUUGCUUUAUGAAGAAUUUCCAUUUACAGUUGUCGCUCCAAACUACAGACCAAAGUUGUAUGUUCUUCCUCCUGAUUACACUUAUUACAUUCCAGAUUCUGAAGUUUCUUUUUUGGCUUCAGUCUACGAUCAAGAUUCAGGUGAUAAACCACUCACAGCAAAGGUUUUCUUCAACAAUGCAGAAGUUGCAACACAAGAAGUUGCAAACAGCAAAGAUCUUAAGACAUUCAAAUUCAAAGUUCCAAAAGACACAGCAGCAGGUGAAUAUGAAGUCAAAGUUUCAGCUACAGAUGGCAAGAAGAUCGCCACAAAGAGGUUUAUCAUUCAAAUACAAAACAAUACAGUUCUCACAAUCAAUUUCGAACCAAAACUUAAUGCCACAUACAACAAAGGCGACAAGGUCAACUUCACAGCUGUCAUCAAUGAUCCAGAUACAAACUUCGAUAACAAGUUCACUGUUUCUCUGUUCUACAACGAUAAAGUCAAGAAGACGAUCACAUCAACUAACGAUGCAGGAUUAGUCAGAGUUCCACUUGAUUUCACCAUCCCAACAACAGAAACAAACACAACAGCCGAAAUCAAGAUCGUAGUCACAACACCAACCGAAUCCUCUGAAAAAUUAACAAAUAUCAACAUCUAUCAAGAUGUUAUCGCAAGUGAUUCUGCAACAGGAAAGAUUGCUACAAAGAAAGCUAAAAAGAAGACCGCCCUUGUUGCAGUUCUCUGUGUCUUAGCUGUCAUUGCUGUUGUUGUUGCGGUAGUCGUUAUUAUUCUUUGGCUGAGAAAAUAA